AUGCGGAGUGCUGUAGCGCAGCGCUCCCGGCCUGUGCGCAUCUAUAGAGCGCCGCCCGAUCGAUGUGGCACCCGCGCACUCCCGCUCGGCAGCACGGAGCCAGAGCCUCUCAGGGAGGAGGUGUUGCGGCGAGCCCUGGCAUACGAUUGCGCGGAUAAUGGGGAGGGCGGGAGCAAGGCCGCCAAUGGUGACGAAAUACAAAUGUUAAGCAAUAACAGGUCUGCUUCUCAGAUAAAAUGGUCAUCAAGCUCCAGUGAUGAGAUGAAGGAAAAUGAGGCUGUUGUGGUGAAGCCAGCACUGUCAAGGAGGUUGGAUAUUUCACCUCCUCAGGCAACUGGAGCUCACACAGGCUCACAGAGGGAGUCCUUGACAAAUUCGUCCCCAAAGCCUGCUUCCUCCUACAAGCACUUUGUGCCCACAGGGACUUUUUACAGCAAGGAGAAGCGCUAUCUCACUCCUCUGGAGAGGAAAGAGCUGAAGGAGAACUGCAUUUUAGGUAAGAGGGAUGAAAAUCUCCCAGCUGGCAGCAGGACUGUGAAGGUGAACGUGAACCUGAGCAGAAACAUGGGCUCAAAACCAGCCAAACACUCAUCCGGCUCCAGCCAUGGCAAAGCUGCCCCCAAAGCUCUAAAGGCAAAAGGAGAGCCCACAGUGGGGAAACCCAGCGUGGGGAAAGAGAAUGUAAGCUGCCUGAUUAAAAAGAAGAUGGAUUCACCCUUCAGAGUCCUGAGCAUGACAAUGAAGCCAGCCCUGAAACUCCAGCUGGGAGCAGCUUUUUUCACUGCCAGGAAGAAGUCGCACGGUAAAAAGCCAGCGGCAGACGCAAAGUCUCUCCAAGGUCUCCCCAAACCUCUGCAAGAGAAAGAUCAGCCUGGAUCACCACCACCACCACCUGCAAAGCCUAAUUCAGCUGAUGGAACUCCUGAAGGGGGUGAUGUGGAUGUAGAUGGCACCAACUCCUCUCCCACCUGUGACUCAGAUGACUGCAUCAUCCUUUCCAUCCAGUCUCCCUGUAAGAUGGACAAGCAAGCACCCCCUCCAAAUGCUGUUGUCUACCCAAUAUUCAGUGCCAGCAAGAAAAGGCCACAGGCCACCCUGGAUGAACCACCUUGUCCCUUUGGGUCCAGCCCUCCUGCUAAACCCCCUCACGCCUCACAGAAGAGCAAGAAGACCAAAGCGCUCUGCAAGCGCUCCCGAGAUCAGAUGAUCAUCGAUGCUGGGCAGAAGCAUUUUGGUGCUGUGAUCUGCAAGUCAUGUGGCAUGAUCUACACAGCUGCCAGCCCUGAGGAUGAGGCCCAACACAUCCAGUACCAUGAGAGGUUCCUCGAGGCGCUCAGAUAUGUGGGUUGGAAGAAAGAACGCGUUGUGGCUGAGUUCUGGGAUGGGAAAAUUGUCUUGAUUCUUCCAAGUGACCCAAAAUACGCCAUCAAGAAGGCAGAAGACGUGCGAGAAAUCGUGGAUAACGAACUGGGAUUCAAGCAAGUUCCUCUGAGCUGCCCAGCCAGGGCAAAAAUAUACCUGUUUGUGUCCAGUGAGAAGAUGAUUGUUGGGUGCUUGAUGGCUGAACAGAUCAAGCAGGCUUUCCGGGUGCUGUCGGAGCCGGGAGCUGUGCCACUCUCCCCUCAGCUGGAGGAGCUGCAGCAGCAGCGGGCUUGGCGCUGCUCCACCGAGCCGGAGCCAGCCGUCUGUGGCAUCAGCAGGAUCUGGGUCCUGGGCCCACGGCGUGGGAAGGGCAUCGCCCGGCGCAUGGUGGACAUCGUCAGGAGCACCUUCAUGUAUGGCUGCUACCUGAGCACCCAAGAAAUCGCCUUCUCCGACCCGACGCCAGACGGCAAAGCGUUUGCCACCAAGUACUGCCAAACCCCCAACUUCCUGGUUUACAAUUUUGUCUCCAAGAAUUAACUGGGCUUGGCUCUGCUCCAAGCUGAGGUUCAUUUAAAAGCCUCACAGC